UCGCCAGAGAGUGAUGUAACUCUUCAGCUUUGUUAACCGGAAGUACUGUCCUUGUUAUUUGUUGCCAUAUUGGGGAAUACACGUUUUUCACCGUAAGCUGCCAGGAUGCCACCAAAAAAGAAAGGUGAUGAUGCUGACAAACCCCCUCCCUUGAUUGGCCGAGUUGGAACAAAUCUGAAAAUCGGCAUUGUUGGACUUCCAAAUGUUGGAAAAUCUACAUUCUUCAAUUGUUUGACAAAAAGUCAGGCACAGGCUGAAAACUUUCCAUUCUGUACCAUUGAUCCCAAUGAGAGUCGAGUGCCUGUGCCAGACAAGAGAUGGGAUUACUUAGUGGAGACCUACGAACCUGUCAGCAAAGUGCCAGCAUUCCUUAACGUUGUGGACAUUGCCGGGCUGGUCAAAGGUGCACAUGAAGGCAAAGGCUUGGGCAAUGCUUUUCUCUCUAACAUUUCGGCCUGUGAUGCAGUGUUUCAUUGUGUCCGGGCUUUUUCUGAUGAUGAAAUUGUGCAUGUGGAAGGAGACGUUGACCCAUCUCGUGACUUGGAGAUCAUCCACGAUGAGAUACGUCUGAAGGACAUAGAGUACCUCAACAAGCAUCUUGAGCCUCUGGAGAGAAGCGUGACUCGCGGCGGUGGGGAUAAGAAAAAGAAGGAGGAGCAUGAAGUACUGAAAAAAGUGCAUGAACUGCUGGAAAAUAAGAAAUGGGUUCGGCAAAGUGCUUGGGAUGCAAAGGAGAUUGAAUACCUGAAUCAACAUCUGUUCCUGACCUCGAAACCUGUCAUUUACUUGGUGAACUUGUCGGAAAAGGAUUACAUCAGGAGGAAAAACAAAUGGCUCCUGAAGAUCAAGGAAUGGAUCGAUGCCAACGACCCAGGUGCCACGGUGAUCUUGUUCAGUGGAGCCCUGGAACAGGAUCUGCUGGACCUCGAGACGCAAGAGGAGAGAGACAACCUCCUGAAGGAGAAGGGAACUGUGAGUGCUCUUGAGAAAAUCGUUGUGACUGGCUACAAAGCUCUGGGUCUCAGUUACUUUUUCACCGCUGGAAAAGAUGAGGUCAAAGCCUGGACUAUUCAGAAUGGUACCAAGGCACCAGGGGCGGCGGGCAGAAUCCACACAGACUUUGAGAAAGGAUUCAUCAUGGCUGAGGUCAUGGCCUAUGACGACUUCUUUGAGCAUAAAACUGAGAAUGAAGUCAAGGCUCAUGGCAAAUACAAGCAGAAAGGUAGAGACUACGUUGUCAACGACGGCGAUAUCAUUUUCUUCAAAUUCAACGCAGGCGCUGGCCUCACUGGCAAAAAGAAAUGAUUUUUGCUGUCUGUAGCUUCCCCUUUUUGUGUAAAGAGUACAUAAAUUUUUGUAUGCCUGUGAAGAGUUGUGUGUGAAGUAAAGUGAAAUACUACGUGAUUUUCCUCCCUUAGAAUGCUGUUUUUCAUAUUAUGGCUCAAUGUCUAUUCUCUUGAACACUAUGGAAUGCCUGUUUCCAUUUUUUGGAAUUGGGAGGUCAUUUCUCCUAUGAAAUGAAUAUAGACAGUACAAAAGAUGCCACUCAAGAGAAUUCUAGGUGUAGAAAGGCUCUGUUUGUUUAAUUGUGAAGAGUAGAGGUGAUGGGUGCAGAUGCCAAAAGCUUGUUUCACAGAAUAAUUCUGUGUUUAGUCUUUGGACCCUCUUUCUAACGGAUUACAGUUUCUUGUUAUAAUGCUUUUCAUGUGCUUUGUAUACCCCUUGUAGGGAGAAGACGUUAGUUUUUAAAGCUUCUUUCCUUUUAGCCUCUAGGGUGAACAACAUGGCUAUGUGAUAUCUUCCCCAGUUGUUUUGUGUCAUAUAUUGAUUUACCAUCAAAGUGGACCAUGAAGAUAUGAGCUGGUUCUUUUAGAGUAUUCCAAAGAAAAACUCAAAAUUUCUUUUCAAAGAAUGGUGGCUGCAACUUCACUAGUCAGUUUGUAAAGUCUGGUGUACUUCGUUUCCUGUUUUCCUUUCAUGUAAAGCAAAACAUGACAAAAGUCUGAGAAAAAUGAGUCCUUUGGGUGAUUGAACCCUUUUCAUUUCACUUGGUUUGAUCGUAUUUAACAAAGUUGGUAUAUAUCUAAUGAGCCAAUUGCACACAGGUGAUCACCGGCACAGAUGUUUCACGGAUUACUUAGAUUGUUGUUGAGCUGACUUAUAAGAAUAGUGGGUUUUUUUUGUUGAAUCAACGAACACCAGAAAGUUUUGAGUAAAGAGAACAGUAUGGGUGUAAGACAAAGUUUGGUUUUUGUUUUUGCCUGCUGUUUAUUCUGUCUAGGAAUGUAAGUCAAAUGAUUUAAAGAUAUGUUUGUACGUUUGACUGAUGAUGAAUAAAUUGCUGAGCUUACUUGA